AGAUUUUAUGAGCCCAAUUUCUUGCAUCUUCUCAUAUCUAGAAAAACACUAAAAUCAAUGGACAUAGAUUUUAGUACCUAUUACUUGCCUCUUGGUUGUCACUAGAAAUCAAGGUUUUUAAGAGUAGGGGAUUCUAAUUUAAAUACAUAAUUAAAGCUACUGAAAAUAAUAAAACAUUUCAGUAUGGUAGAAUGUGUGUUUUCCAUUAAGAUGGUUUGAGAAAUGGAAUUACAUUUUGCUGAGAAAGUUUUGUACCUGGUCAGGAUUAACUAAAUUUAGAUUGAAGUUAACUAAGUAAGUGGAUUUUUUUUUAAGUAAGCUAAUACAAGACUGGAAUGUGAUUUCUCUCUGUUAGACGUGCUCUUUUUGAUAACAGAUUAUAUAAGUUUCUGUGCCCUUAGGUGAUGCGUAUUUGUUUUCUUUUCAUCGUUUUGUGACUUUAGUUAAAUGAAUAAGUAUUGUUUCACAGUGACCUGUUGUGUUUUAAAACUGUUUUGAUAUUUUUAACAAACUUCCCAAAUAUCAAAUCUAAGCUUUUUAGCCUCCAGCUGACUAUGGGAUAUUUCGAAAGAACAUCUCUGAGACAUCUCAGAGAGAAAUGUCAAACUAGGUUUAUUUGGUAUGUUAAACUACUUCAAAAACAUUGUCAAGUGAUUGGAGAUGAAUCUUAGGUUAUAGUGUAUGGAUAAAUUUCAUUUAUAUAGCUAUUCCAAAAUUUAUAUGGAAUCCCUAACAUCUGAUAUGUCCUGAUAUGUUAUCAAUCAUAAUACUAGUUAUUCUAAAAUGGUAUACCCAAGUUUCCUGCUAAUUGCAUUGUACUCCAAUCUUUAACUAUGCUAUUUUAAGUUUUGUCCUGAUGCUUUUACAAAAUGAAGAUUUUCAAGAAGGCUGAUAAAAAAUGAACUUUUAAACAAAUAUAAAUUUCUGUUAGCCUUUAGAUAAUAUCACUGGACUGGGUAACAAAUGACAAGACUAAUGGGAAACCUGAUUAUUUCAUCCAGAUCAACGGGAAUUAAUUACAUGGCACUGAAUGAACUGGUAAAUAUGAUUUAUAACUUUAUGACUUUGGGAAAUAUACUGGCUUUAAUCUUUGUUUUUCUGAAAAACCUUUUCUCUUAUGCUAUGACCUACAACAAGUUGAUAAAGUAUGCCUUUGUAAACAAAGAUGAAACCUUUUUUUUCUCUCUACUUGAUCCUGCCAGAAUUUGUUGUCUCUAGCUGGCUCUCCUGUGGACUUAAUAUUAUGCUAAUUAUUGUUUUAAUUUGUUCUUUGUUUCCAAAUUGUUUGUGCUUUGUGUCUCCCUGCUGCACUAUGUCUUUGUCAAUAUUACUAGCUACAUUACUUAUAUCCUGUCUAUUUUAUAAGAUUGUUGCCUCUUGUAGUACCUAGUGUGUAACCAGGCCUCCAACAAAACUUCUUCUAUGGCUAAACAUCUUAAGGAAAUAGAUCACAUUUAUAACAUAAAAUAAUUGUAAUAAUGUGAUUCUAGGUAUGGGAAGAAGCAACAAGGGAAAAUGUCUUCUGGAUCAUAAUUAGACAGAGGAUCCAGAGAAUCUUUAAUUAUCAAUAGGGCCUAAUCCGAAAAUUAGCACCUGGAGUAGCAUAUCAAGAAUUUUCACCUGACCUCGGAUAAGCCUCCCAGCACUGUGGGACAAAAUUUGGUCAUAAAAUGUCUCCCAAAUAUUGGUCAAAUUCCUGACCAAGAGGAGAAGAUCAAUAAUCAGGGAUUGCAGCCCUCCAACGUGAGCCAGUGAAGCCUGAGAAAACUCAGGAAGGAGAAGAAUACCUGCCAUCUAGCAGCCAUCAGACUGCAACCACUCCCUAUGGUGAGUCCUGAGGAAACUCAGGAUAUGAAAAUACAGGAUACAGGCCCCAGAUAGCUGUGGUAUAUAUCAAAGGAAUGAUUUCAUUGAGCCCAGACUCUUGCAUCUUCCCAUACAUAGAAAAAUGCUGAAUUCCUUAACUUGAGAUGUGGCCUCCUAAGCUAGAAGCCCUCAAAAUUCCUGUUAACUCCCAACUUUUAGGCUGUAAAUAUUUUUAAGUCUACAGGUGUAAAGCAGACUCUUCCAAAGCGGAACAAAAGACAAAUCUCAACAUUUGGAACUCUGACACUGAUGGCAGACACUCCCAGAAAGAUCCAUCUUACUGAGCAGUUAAAGCGUUGUCACCCCUUUUUCCACAAGAUUGUGGAUUGGACAUUGACAGUGGGGAAUUGUAACAGGGAAGAGCUAAAUUGGACUCUAUGUGAUCUGUUUCUUUCACUUUAACCUUUGCUUUUCGUUGCUUUUGUUAUUAUAAUCAUACAUAAUGACCGGCCUCAGGGAACCCUGCCUCUCUGCCUGAAUGUUAAACUAAAGUGCCUCUGUUCAGCUCACCGGAAGACAAUCUGACCCCGCCCACCUGUGGAUGGCUGCAAGAAAAAAGAAAUUUACACAUCCCCCACCGAGGGGAUGGCCACCGAGGCUGGCCACUCCAGGAGAUAUUUGCAAAACUUAUGGCCUUUUUACUUUACUUCCUCAUCUCCUCCCCCUCUCUGUCCUAUAAAAGAAACUGGCAUCCAAACCCUGAGAAGACGGUUUUUCAGAGACAGUAAUCUGCUAUCUUCUCGGUCUGCCGGCAUUCCGCAUAAAGUCGUAUUCCUUGCCUCAUCACCUCCUCUCCGAUUCAUUGGCCUGUCGUGCAGCGAGCAGAGCGAGCUCGGACACGGUAACAUGGGGAUCUGCUCACGGGCAGGUUGCCCCACAGGGCCGCUGGGCUUGAUCGGAAGCUCGGGGAUCUCUCUCUACGCCAGCCUCCUUCAGGAGAGCAGAGGGUCGGAGAAUAUCUCUGAGUCCAGAUUGCCAGGGACUCCCUGCCACAGGGCUGUGCCCGGGUCACACCCCGCCCGCCGACUCGGCUGUGGAACUCCGAGGCUGCGGCGUAGAAUGGGGGAGAGGCUAACCUAGCAGCUGCCGAGGCUCCUUUUGCCUUGAGGACACCUUCUCUUCUCAUGCCCGCGUCGGCCUGGACUUCCACUCCAAGAACACACUAAAUAUUGGAGGAUCAGAAAGAGGGCGUUUGGAAGUCGAGACGCACCUGUCAGCACCUACGCUCUGCCUCCUCUGAUCCUGCCCACCCCCUGGGAAGGACACCACAGGAAGGAAGGAGAAGGCAAUGGCUGCUGGGCCUCUACUAUUGGGAGUUCAGGGCAUCAGCUUUCCAAACCAAAUGUGAUAUCUCAGCUGGAUUGAGAACUGAGCCUGAUGACAAAAGAACAUCCAGGGUGCAUUUCCCCAGACUGGGAGAUAAGACUUGAAACCAAAGAGUCAACUACAAAGCCCUAAUUACUGAAGAUUUAUCUUAUGGGGUAAUAAUGGAAAGAGAAGGUCUCUGGCAUUCUUCUUUAGGGGAAACCUGGGAACCUGAUAAUUGGUUAGAGGGGCAACAGAAAAACCAGGAUAGACAUCUGGGCCAAGUGCACAUUACCCAUAAGGAAACCCUCACUGUGAGAAGGACAUGUGGAGGUAAUGAAUUUGAAAGAUGUUUCAGUCAGGGUUCAAUCAUUGAUACACAACAAACUAUUCCUGUGGGGAAAAGUCCUCACAGUUGGAAUUCACAUGGAAAAGACACUAAACAAAAUGCUGAAUUAAUUAAAACUCAAAGAAUGUUUGCAGGAAAGAAAAUCUAUGGAUGUAAUGAGUGUGGGAAAACCUUCAGCCAGAGUUCAUCCCUCCUUAAGCACCAGAGGACUCAUACAGGGGAGAAACCCUAUAACUGUAAUGUAUGUGGGAAGCACUUCAUUGAACGCUCCUCGCUUACCGUACAUCAAAGAAUUCAUACUGGAGAGAAACCUUACAAAUGUAACGAAUGUGGGAAAACCUUCAGUCAGAGCAUGAAUCUUACUGUUCAUCAAAGAACUCAUACUGGAGAGAAACCAUAUCAAUGUAAAGAGUGUGGAAAAGCUUUCCGCAAGAAUUCAUCCCUUAUUCAGCAUGAAAGGAUUCAUACUGGAGAGAAACCGUACAAAUGUAAUGAAUGUGGUAAAGCUUUUACCCAAAGUAUGAAUCUCACAGUGCAUCAAAGAACUCAUACAGGAGAAAAACCCUAUGAAUGUAAUGAAUGUGGAAAAGCCUUCAGUCAAAGUAUGCAUCUUACUGUACAUCAGAGAAGCCAUACUGGAGAAAAACCCUAUGAGUGUAGUGAAUGUGGAAAAGCCUUUAGUAAGAGCUCAGCUCUUACCCUGCAUCAGCGAAAUCAUACUGGAGAAAAACCCUACAAAUGUAACAAGUGUGGGAAAUCCUUUAGCCAAAGUACAUACCUUAUAGAGCAUCAGAGACUUCAUUCUGGAGUAAAACCUUUUGAAUGUAAUCAGUGUGGGAAAGCUUUCAGUAAAAAUUCAUCUCUUACUCAGCAUCGGAGAAUUCAUACUGGAGAGAAACCUUAUGAGUGUAUGAUAUGUGGGAAACAUUUCACUGGGCGAUCAUCCCUUACUGUACAUCAGGUUACUCAUACUGGAGAGAAGCCUUAUGAAUGCAGUGAAUGUGGAAAGGCCUUCAGCCAGAGCGCAUACCUUAUUGAGCAUCAAAGAAUUCAUACUGGUGAGAAGCCCUAUGAAUGCAAUCAGUGUGGAAAAGCCUUCAUUAAGAAUUCAUCCCUUAUAGUGCAUCAGAGAACUCAUACAGGAGAGAAACCCUAUCAGUGUAAUGAAUGUGGAAAAGCCUUCAGUCGGAGUACAAAUCUUACACGGCAUCAGAGAACUCAUACGUGAGGGAAGCUUCCAUGGGAUCCUUCACCCAAAAAAGCCUUUGAGUGUAGUGAGUGUGGAAAAGUCUUCACUAAGAGUUCAACCCUCAAUAAACAUCAGAAGAUUCAUACUGAAAAACUUAAUGCAAAUCGGAAAAUUCUUAUUAAAGAGAAGCGAUAUGAAUGUAGAGAAUGUGGGAAAGCCUUUCACCAGAGCACACACCUCAUCCAUCACCAAAGAAUUCACACUGGUGAGAAGCCAUACGAAUGUAAGGAAUGUGGCAAGGCCUUCUCAGUGAGCUCCUCACUUACUUAUCAUCAGAAAAUUCAUACUGGAGAGAAGCCUUUUGAAUGCAACUUAUGUGGAAAAGCUUUUAUCCGAAACAUACACCUUGCCCACCAUCAUAGAAUACAUACUGGAGAGAAACCUUUUAAAUGUAACAUAUGUGACAAAGCCUUUGUGUGCAGGGCACAUCUUACCAAACACCAGAAUAUUCAUAGUGGAGAGAAACCCUAUAAAUGUAAUGAAUGUGGGAAGGCCUUCAAUCAGAGUACAAGUUUUCUUCAGCAUCAGAGAAUUCACACUGGGGAGAAGCCUUUUGAAUGUAAUGAAUGUGGGAAGGCUUUCAGGGUGAACUCUUCCCUUACUGAACAUCAAAGAAUUCAUACUGGAGAGAAACCUUAUAAGUGUAACGAAUGUGGGAAAGCUUUCAGGGAUAAUUCAUCCUUUGCUCGACAUCGGAAAAUUCAUACUGGAGAGAAACCUUACAGAUGUGGUUUGUGUGAGAAAGCCUUCAGGGACCAAUCAGCCCUAGCCCAGCAUCAGAGAAUUCAUACUGGGGAGAAACCUUAUGCAUGUAAUAUAUGUGAGAAAGCAUUCAGUGACCAUUCAGCCCUCACUCAACAUAAGAGAAUUCAUACUAGAGAAAAACCUUAUAAAUGUAAAAUCUGUGAGAAAGCCUUUAUCCGAAGUACACAUCUGACUCAACAUCAGAGGAUUCACACGGGAGAGAAACCCUAUAAAUGUAAUAAAUGUGGGAAAGCUUUCAACCAGACUGCAAACCUCAUUCAGCAUCAGAGACAUCAUAUUGGAGAAAAGUGAUAUGGAAGAGCUUUGAGACUAAGGGUAUUAAUUAUUGAAUGCAAGAGAAUUUCCAUUCUACAGAAUAACCAUGAAAGCUUACAUGAAGAUAGUCAUUUUAUUUACUGAGAGUCAAGGUUCACAGUAGUGUGGGUUUUGAGAACUUAAGAAUGUCAAACACUCCUCAUAAUUCAGAACUGCCUCAGUUGAAUAGUCUGAAUUAGUCUGAAUUACCAAGUAUCAGAACCAACAUGGACCUUCACUAACAACAUAGAAAUUAGUUGACCAUUAAGAUAAAUUAUAAAAUUGUAAAAAUUGAGAAGCACAGGAACAAAAAAGUAAGAAAAUGGUCUGUAAGCAUUUUACUGUACUUGAUUCUCUUAUAUAGGAGGGUUUCUACCUUUAAUGGAAUGCUUUGUUUUCCUCACCCCCACUAUUUACACCCAGUGUAAAGAAAGUGCAGUCACCUGUGCACUGGCCCAGGAGUUACUUAAAUUAUGCUUCCCACCUUCUGCUUCAAACCAACUUUUGUCAUAUUUCCCUGGUUCAUGUGUCCACUGGCUUCUUACCUGUAUUCUUCUCCUGGGACAAUUCAUUUGAACUGUGUGUCCCUUUUUGAUUUAGCAACUCCUAACUGAUAACAUCACGUCAGUUACUACCACCCAGUUUGCCCUUGAAGACUGUGGUUAUCUGACCUCACACACAGUCCAUGAUUCUGGAUGUUGUUCCAAACCCAGCUUUCAGAACUCAGGACCCCUAUCUGGAAGGCAGAGGUUGAUAAAAAUUCCUGAGUAACCCAGGUCCUCUGGGCUUCAGUUUGACUCUGACCCUCGGAUAAUCCCUAAAGUAGGGGCUUAAUCUGUGCAGACAUUCCCCCCGCCAGUUGUUCUGCACUGUAGUUACACUACACAUGGCAGUCAGGGGCAUGCUCAGCUUCGGGUGUGACGAUCCCAGCCACCUAGAGAUGUUCUGGGCACUGCUACUUCUGUGACUUGCCAUUUCCUGAUGUGCAUCUGACAAGGGAGGUUAGAGCCUCAAGGGAGUUGUCAAAAGGCUCUCACCCACUUUUUCCCUUGUCUGGGCAAUCCUCUGUGUCCACUGCAUUAGUGUAUAUUUGUUACUCCCAGAAUAUUGAACUGCUGCAUCCUGGUUCUUGCCCUGCUUUUGUCUACUUUUCUGAAGGUAUCAACUCUGUUCACAGAAAACACAGAGAGCUUUGAAUUUCUGAUUUUGCAUUUGGAAGUGGCCAUUUCGUGUCCUCCAC